UCAGUCUCCGGGGACUCGGGAGCUCGGACCCGGCAGGCGGGCUGCUUUCAGCGGGCGGGGUGUCACUUGGAUGCGGUAGGCUGUCUGCGGGAUGCGGGUUCCUCUGCCGCCCCUGAGCCCCUGAUGAGCACUGCGUCAGGCCGGGGAGGGAGCCCCGAGCUGCCGACCGACCCUAUGACUUCCUCCCGAAGCCAAGAGCAUCCGACCAGCCGCUCUCCUCCGCGUCUCCCCGGCUGUAUCUAUGCCGGCGGCUGGCCGGCGGUCCCCGGUCCCCAGUCAUCUGCCUCCCCGCCGGUUCAGCAUCUGGACUCGGACCAGGUGGACGUCAACAGGGCAGGUUAGGAGGAGGACGCAGCCGCAGUUCGGUUUGAGUGAAAACGGUCUAAAUGUAAAAUAGUGUGAUAAGUGUGCGUGUGCAGCGGUUUCAGCGGCUCUGGCUGCUGUUUUAGCCGCUGUCUCUGGUUUCAUCCUCCGCCUUUGUCCUCAUGUUUUCCCCCGGAGUUCCUCCCCCUGCGGCGCUGGGCGGAGUUUCAUACCGGACUAGACGCUCCUUUUGUCGGAUUCGUUUCGACCUGACUCCCCGGGGUUUACGGCUGAAAAAAACAUACUUCCAAAGUCCCGAAAGCAGCCAAACGAGCACGGUCGUGUGCAGUAAGAACCCGGGUUUCUGUCCGAACCAGCAGGUGGCGCUGUGACUGUGAGUCAGUGAUAUCCUGUAGCUGUCUGGAUGCUGAUCAAACCUGUGACUGGAUGAGUUAGAAUAACUUCUCAUGCUGUGGAGAAUGAUGGAAAUUCUCCACAGUGCCAUGGACAUAAACGCGAAAGCACGCUGCAGUCUUCAGAUUAAUUUGACCCGACCUGAAGGUGACCCAUAUUUGGGGCGCUUUUUUAUGCCUGUCCCAAAUUUCCUUCAUGGAGCCCAAAGUAUGUGUCGGGGCUACAUCAUUGAAAUUUUCUAGGAGGUGCUAUGGAGAUUCUCUGCAGGCAUCAUGUUGAGGACCUGUAAAACCUGUAACUUCCUCCCUGCACGUGCAGAAUUGGCAUUUUGAGCAUGCUCAGUCCUCACAUGUAUUUCUGUAAGUGACAAAAAAACCCAACAAGAACAGAAGCCUUCGCAAAGUUCAUGCUCAAGUUCACGCUCAGUGUGACCCUCUUGAGGCGUGAGGUGAUUUGGCAGUGUGAGCAUGAACGUCUAAAAGUGACAGACUAGAGUUUGGUGGCAGCAGCCUGUGAGCCUGCUGUUAGCCUCUAUAAAUAAACCCUGUAAAAUGCAGGAACAGGUGAAGUCAGGCUGACCUUCAGCAGGCCGUGGUGACCCGUACAGUGGGACAGCAGAUAUCAGGUGAUAUAUUCUGCAGUGACUCAGGGUCCACUUACUUUUCCAGAGACUGUAGCUGUGUGACAUAUGAGGGAUCCACCUCAGAGAGCAGAACGUUCCACUCUGAAGGAGGUGGAACCCAGCUGAAAGGUGCAGAAACACCAAACUGUGGUGUCCCUGUGUGACACUCAGUAAACGGGAAGCUGACCUACGGAGAGCCAAAUGUACCAAAAUUCUCUGCAGAUCAGCAGGGGGUGCUGUUAAAUCCAUAAAUCCAACAUCUCCAGUUUUUCUUUGUGAAGCUGAUUUAAAACACCAGAACUCUGUUAACGCUUGCUGAUUGGUCAGUUAAGGAUUUAGGACCGGAUGUCCUCCCUCGACAGCACCGUUUCCAGCCGAUACCUCCAGCAGGCAUUAGGAGUGUGUGGCAGAAGCAGCUGGUUGUGGUGGUUGAAGGUGAUUGUGUGAAGAGGCUGCUGAUGCCUCAGACAGCAAAGAGGCUGGGAGUGCUGUGACAUCCCUGAUACUCUCAGAAAGGUGAUUUACUCCGAUCGAAGCCUGUAAACAUCUAAAAAUGGAGCUGUGCCUAACGUCUCGAGGCUGUGCAUCAAAAACGUGAAGAAAACUUCCAGAAGAAAAAUGUUUAUCCUGGAAAAUUUGUUGAGUAGCUCCACGCAUUCGGGAUGAGCUCCAGAGCGCCCCCUGUGGAACAGAAAGUGCACAUUAGAUCAGAUGUUCUCCUCUUUGGACUCAGUGCUGCCGUGCACGGGCAGAAACAGGAACUACAUGAGAGGGAGGGGCGGAGCUUUCUCCGUCAGUCGCUGCAGGAUGAACGGCAGCAGCAGCGUCUCCAUGGCUCAAAGCGCCAGGGUCAAAACGGAACCAGAUGACUGGAGUAAGGAGGACUGUCUGACUCUGCUGGAAAGGAUUCGCAGCCUGCUGCCGGACGGAGAUGCCAUGAAGUACAAAACCACAGAGUCGCACUUCGACUGGGAGAAAGUUUGUUUUGGCAGCUUCACCGGAGAGAUGUGCCGCCAGAAGUGGCAGAAAGUUUCAUCUGAGGUCAGGAAGUAUCGAACAAUGACAGAGCUCAUCGUGGAUGCCAUCGAGUUUGUGAAAAACCCGUACAAAGGCAAGAAACUGAAGACUCACCCAGAUUUCCCGAAGAAGCCUCUGACACCGUACUUUCGCUUCUUCAUGGAGAAACGAGCCAAAUAUGCCAAAAUCCACCCAGAGAUGAGCAAUCUGGACCUGACCAAGAUCCUGUCCAAGAAGUAUAAGGAGCUUCCUGACAAGAAGAAGCAAAAGUACAUCAUGGAGUUCCAGCGUGAGAAAGAAGAGUUCGAGAAGAACAUGGCUCGAUUCAAGGAGGAGCAUCCCGAGCUGAUUGAGGAGAGGAAGAAGUCGGACCUGCCAGAGAAACCCAAGACCCCUCAACAGCUGUGGUACAACCACGAGAAGAAGACUUACAUGAAGCUGCACCCUGAGGUGAGUCAGAAGGAGCUGAAGGAGGCUCUGAGGAGACAGUGGUCCCAGCUGUCCGACAAGCGGAGACUCAAGUGGAUCAGCAAGGCGCUGGAGCUCCAGAAAGAUUACGAGGACAGCAUGAGGGCGUACCUCGAAGCUCAUCCAGACGUGAACUCGGACGAUCACGUUCGUUCCGUCCUGACCAAAGCUGAGAGACAGCUGAAGGACAAGUUUGACGGACGGCCGACCAAACCUCCACCUAACGGGUACUCACUGUACUGCGCCGAGCUGAUGGUGAACAUGAAGGAUGUCCCGAGCACGGAGCGCAUGGUGCUCUGCAGCAAACAGUGGAAAAUGAUGACGCAGAAGGAGAAGGACAUGUUCCAGAAACGCUGCGAGCAGAAAAAGAAGCAGUAUGACAUCGACCUGCAGCGCUUCCUGGAGAGUCUUCCAGAUGAGGAACGAGACAGAGUCAUGACUGAGGAAAAAAUGGGUGGGGCCAAACUGGGUGUGGGUGUGGCCUCCAGCCCCCACAGAGCCAAGUCUCCAUCCGUCAAGGAGCGGUGUCGGGAGGUGGAGUCUGAGCCAUGGGUCCCUGCCGGACCGCCAAAAGAAAGACGGGAUGGGAAGAAGACAGCAGCGGCGAAGCUUCCAGAGACACCGAAGACGGCGGCAGAGAUGUGGCAGCACAGUGUGAUUGGAGACUAUCUGGCUAAAUACAGAAGCGACCGCAGGAAGGCCCAGACAGCGAUGGAGGCUGCGUGGAAUUCGAUGGAAAAGAAGGAGAAGAUUCCUUGGAUCAAGAAGGCGGCAGAGGACCAGAAACGUUACGAGAGGGAGCUGUUGGAGAUGAGGACUCCAGCGGCAGGUCAGAGGAAGCCCAAGUUUGACGGCGAGCCGAAGAAGCCUCCAGUGAGCGGGUACCAGAUGUUCUCCCAGGAGCUGCUGACCAAUGGCGAGCUGAACCACUUCAGCCUGAAGGAGCGGAUGGUGGAGAUCGGGAAACGCUGGCAGAAGCUGAGCCAGAGUCAGAAGGACAAGUACAAGAAGCUGGUGGAGGAGCAGCAGGUGGAGUACAAGGCCGAGCUGGAGGCCUGGGUCAAGUCUCUGUCUCCUCAGGACCGAGCUGUCUACAAGGAGGUCUCCUCCUCGAAACGUCGCAGCACCACCAAAGUUCGCAGCAGCCCCGGAGCGAAAGUCCGCGUCACUGCGAAAGCGAAGGCAGGAAGUUCAAGAGCUGCGACACCAGGAGUGGCAGUAAGCAAGAGGGCGAUGGCGUACCGAGCCAAGGACAUGUCUGACUCGGAUGAGGAGGAGGAGAAGAGUGAGUCAUCAGACUCUGAUGAAGAUGAUGAGACAUCAGGAAGCACGGACAGCGAUGACGACGAGAACGAUGAUGAUGAAGAUGAGGAUGAUGAAGACCAGACCUCCUCUGAGGAAUCCAGUGACUCAGACACAGACUAGCUCCACCCCCUCCUCCUCAUUGGAGAGGACAGGCUGUGCAGGCCACGCCUCCUCACAGACCAAUCAUCCUGGCAGACCAAUGAGAAGUUAUGUGGCGCUGGCCCCUCCCACCUCCCCUCUGAAGAGGGCGGAGCCUUUUGUUACCUGUGUUUUUGUUUUUUAUUGAGUGUUUGUUGGUUUUUAUCAGCCAGAGCCGAGCAAGGGUGGGGCAGGCUCUGAGGUGUCCUUCUGACAAAGUGGUGAAGGCGGGGCUAGAGUGCAGAGUUUGUACAGUUUGCCAGGUGGGGGCGGAGCCUCUGAGCUUUGGUUCAGGGUUCAGCUGCCCACCU